AUGCAUUUCCAGAACCUCCUCUCCCCGAUGCUUCUUGUAGCACCACACCUUGCUUCCGCCUGUGGUCCGCUGCCCCGCCAAGAGAAAGAAGAUGCGAACGGCGGCCCUACCUAUCCCUCGUUUGAGCUAGGCCUAGAUGUUCCCUCGGAUCCAGCAACGCUCGGCUACUUUGUCAACCAUCUCUGCAUCAACAUCAAGAACGUCAACGAAAGUGUUGACUGGUACAGCAGGGUGUUUGGAUUGCGACUCAUCUUUACACAGCAGGUGUCUGAGCACUUCAGCAUCACCUACAUGGGACACAGUGCAGGCGGUAGGAACGGAACGGGCUUUCAAACUGCAACGGAGAUGAACCGUGACAAAAACAACCGGUACGGUAUGCUCGAGCUUGUCUCCACUGAGGGUACGGGAUGGGAUGUCCAGACCACAUCGAAUGGAUUGCAUCAUGGUGGACUUAUUGUUCCAGACAUUGAGGCCAUGCAGAAGAGGUUGGAUGGGAUCGACGGCGUCGAGAUUGUGAAGGCCUUCGGACAAGCCCCUUCGAUUGACAUGCCUACUUACGCAGGUCUCGCAGCACUAGACCAAGCCGAGCAGGAUGCAAUUUUCGGGGCCAUCAACGAAUCUAACCUUCCGCUGAUCUUUAUCAAGGACCCAAGCGGGAAUGUGUGGGAGAUUCAGGGGCAGGAGGGGUUCGGAUUGGGUUGA